AUGAAUUCUGUGCAGAGACAGUACGCACGGGCAAGGGGCAAGGGAGGAGCAGAUACUGCCAAAGUCUCGGUGCUUCUUAAUGAUUUCGAAGAUGCAGAUAAACUGUUGACAAAGAUCAUCGAGGCGUCCAAAUCUUGGAGGGAUAGCUGGGUCUCCAUUCUCAAUAUACAACUGGGUUUAGUGACACUAUUCGAAGAAUUAUACGAUCCAAUUGUUGGCGCGUCAGACGGCCAUGGCCAUGAACCAGUCAUGACAUCUCCAGAGCAGCUCGAUCGGACCCGAAAGCUCCAGGCUGUCUAUGCGGAUCUUAAGACGGAUUUGCUACAGGAGGUUGCCAUGAUGGACGCUAGAAUCAUAAAGCCAGCUGUGGAAGCGAAGGAUUGUUUGCAACCCUUACGAAAGACAAUCAAGAAACGGGAAAAUAAACGGGUCGAUUGGGAACGGUAUAUCGAUAAAGUUAAUACUCUGCAGUCGAAAAAGCUGAAACGCACGGAUCGGGAGAAUAUGGCAUUGGCGAAGGCGGAGGAGGAGCUGGCGGGAGCUGCAGACGCCUUCAAAAUUGCUGACGACAAUCUCAAAGUGAAGCUUCCACCAUUAAUUCAAGCAGCAUUUUCAAUAAUCCCACAUCUCCUUGGUGUUCAGAUCAUGAUCCAGAACACUCUUCUCGCACAAUACUAUACCGUCUUACACAAUUACUGUGAAGACACAGGCUUCCCAUCGCCAGCUCCUCCAAUGACGGAAGUUAUAUCUUUGUGGGAAGUAGACUUCAACCCAAUAAAAGACCAGGUUGAAAGAAUAAAUUGCAUUGCCCGAGGUAAGGUGAUCCAUCAGUCCAUGAUAUUGGGGGACGAUCCAGGUCGCAAAUCGGGUUCUUCUACCACCACUGGAUUGAACAUACGCAACGGAUUUCAACGACGAACCCCUUCCAUGGGACGGGUGUCUGCACCUGCAUCUCCUCAGCCUGAGCCUGCUGACGCUCCUCGCGGCCGUCCAAUGCGGAUAUCAUCCAACACAGUUGUUCCCGCCCACUCGCGACCAGAUCCAUCCCCAUCACCCGAACCGUAUUCCACUCACCUAACACCUGCCUCCACUUUCUCUUCACACUCACCAGCAAACUCAUCCAGCGACUACUUCCAACGUUCCGCUGCUGGAAAGAAGAAACCGCCACCACCACCUCCCAAAAGGAUAGGCAGUCAAAGUAAUGGUCUCUAUGCUACCGCAUUAUACGCAUUUGAAGGCCAGAGUAAUGGAGAUCUGAGCUUCAAUGAGGGCGAUCAGAUCAAGGUACUCAAGAAAACGGACAGUACCGAUGAUUGGUGGGAAGGAGAACUGAGAGGGAGGAAAGGCAGUUUCCCAGCAAACUAUUGUAAAUUAUGA